AUGGCUUCAACUACAUUUGCAAUUCCAGCAAAAACAGCUUGUGAGAAACAGAAAAAAAUGUAUCGGAUAGAAGAGAAAGAAUUUGUGGAGGAAAUGAGAGCUGUUGCUAUGAAAUUACACACAAAAGAUCAAGCAAAAGAAGGAGAGAAAGAACCACGAGGACAGCCUUGGAGAAAAUGGGAACCCUCUAUUGUAGGGUAUCUUCAAUUCUUAGUGGAUAACAAAAUGAUUUACGACACGCUCGAGAAUACUAUUAUUGGUCAAAAAACUGCGAAUUCAUCAUCUUUAUACGGCAAUUUCAUGAAUACGGGACUCGAACGGUCAGAAGCGUUGGGUAAAGAUUUAAAGGGGUUCAAAGAUAAAGGCCACACAAUUUCUAAACCGUCUGCUCUAAGUUUAUCUUACUCGCAGUAUCUUGAAGAACUAUCUGUGAAGGAUCCUCAAGCUUUCCUUUGUCAUUAUUAUAAUUUUUAUUUUGCACAUACCGCAGGAGGCCGGAUGAUCGGUAAAAAGGUUGCGUAG